AUGAACGGCGCAAACACCCCCUCGGUCGAUGGAUCGACGCCAAGAGCCAGCUCCCAGGAAAUUCACCGAGACGAUGAAAAACAUAUCGCACUUGAUCAAACCAAACGAGACUCUGAUCUCGAGAGUGGACCGCCCAUACAACCCGCCAGUGAAGAAAAAGUCAAUGUCGACCCAAACAUCGUCACCUGGGAUGGACCAGAUGAUCCUGAGAACCCACUCAACUGGACCGCGAAGAAGAAACUCGGGACGACAUGUUCAAUUGCCUUGAUUACCCUACUCACACCCCUCGGCUCUUCAAUGUUCGCACCAGGCGUCCCACAACUAGUCAAAGACUUCGGCGUAACAAACACAGAGCUCUCAUCCUUUGUGGUGUCGGUGUACCUACUAGGAUAUUGUUUCGGGCCACUUCUGCUGGCACCUCUAUCAGAGAUGUAUGGUCGACAGUACCUCUACCAUGGCUGCAAUGUUCUCUAUGUGAUUUGGACGAUUGCUUGCGCUGUUGCACCGGAGAUUGGCAGUCUCGUUGUGUUUCGGUUCUUUGCUGGCUUUGCGGGUAGUUGCCCGUUGACUAUUGGUGCUGGGUCUAUUGCCGAUAUGUUUCCCCAGGAGAAGAGAGGUGGGGCUAUGGCGGCUUGGGCUAUUGGGCCUUUGAUUGGGCCCGUUAUUGGUCCUAUUGCUGGAGCUUUCUUGGCGCAGGCCAAGGGCUGGAGGUGGACUUUCUGGGUUCUGGCUAUGGCUAGCGGUGCAAUCUCACUCACCUCGAUAUUCACCAUCCGCGAGUCCUACGCACCAACAAUCCUAGCCCGGAAAACCAAGAAACUCCAAAAAGAAACAGGAAAUAUGAAUCUACGCUCAGCCCUUGACAGCGGCCGUACACCGCGAGACCUAUUCCUCUUUUCAAUCAUCCGCCCAACAAAAAUGCUCUUCAUGUCACCGAUUGUCUUCCUUCUUUCCCUCUAUGUCGGUGUGAUCUACGGAUAUCUUUAUCUGCUAUUCACAACCAUAACCCCAGUCUUUGAAGAGAAUUACGGAUUUUCGCAAGGAAUAGUCGGUCUUUCAUAUCUCGGCAUCGGAAUUGGAUCAAUCGUUGGGCUUGUGGUUUUAGGGGCAACCUCUGACCGUCUACUGAACUACUUGUCUGCCAAAAACGGAGUCAGAAAACCAGAAUACCGUCUUCCCCCUAUGAUCCCUGGAUCUCUGUUUGUUCCGGCUUCGCUGUUCAUGUAUGGUUGGUCGGCAUACUACCGUACUCACUGGAUUGUGCCCAUUAUAGGGACUUCGUUCCUGGGUGUUGGCAUGCUGGUUUCUUUCAUGUCAGUCAGUACCUACCUAGUCGACGCAUUCACAAUCUACGCGGCCUCCGCCAUGGCCGCCAACACCGUCUUCCGCUCACUGGCUGGUGCAAUGCUCCCUCUCGCUGGUCCAAAGAUGUACCAAACACUUGGAUUGGGCUGGGGAAACUCGUUACUUGGAUUCAUUGCAUUGGCGCUUUGUGGGUUGCCUGUCAUCUUUUGGUUGUAUGGUGAGCGCAUAAGAAUCAGUAAGCGGUUCCAGGUGGAGUUUUAG